AUGAAUCUUACAGCUGUCAAAGAAGAAAAUGAAAUGAUGGAAAGUCAUGUGGAGGAUUCUUUGGUAAUCAUUGAUCCCAUUCGUAGCUCUUAUCUUGCUCAUUGUAGCAAAUCUUUGGAAAUUAUGAGUGUUGUUGAUGUUGGAAGUGGGUGGAUUUUUGCUUCGUACUAUAAAUUUUGGAUGUUUUACUCAUAUUCUCCUACACGUUAUACACACAUUGCAUAUCUGAAUAGGACAGUGUUAAGGACAAGAUGGCUCCUUCAGAGAUCUUUGAUGUUGCAGGGUUGCACUGAGUCCUUUCUUCCUCUAAUCCGUGUUGGUGGUAUGUUUCUGCUAAGGGUCACGAUCCCCAGGAGGAAGUUGCAAGAGCCGUUUGAUGCAUGCUUCUCUUUUGCUAAUGUGUUCUGUGGAAUCACGCAGCAAAUACGGGCAAAGAUUAGCAGUUAUAUGCGUAAAAGAUGGUUCCAAAACCCCAAAGAAAUAUCCUCGCGCUCCAGCUCCUCUGCUUUUCCCAAAUUCUUCCUCCUGUCUGACUCCCUCUAUCAUUUGCAUGCGCAAUAUACGGCAUACACCAGUUUCAUUAUUUUUGGUUAUAGAGGGAAUGGAUUGGAUGAAUUAUUUAGACUCAACCUGGAUGUCAUGGUUUGA